UUACGCACGGACCUCAGAGCUCUCCCUGUUUUAAUUCACCACAGCUCAGUUUGGAUAUUUUACCAAAAAAACAUGGCAUUCUUGACAAGAAAUGAAGUUUUCUCCUGCUUUGUUUUCUACGGCGUGCUUCUGGUGAUAAAAAUGUACAUUAUAGCGAUAAUAACGGGACAAGUGAGGCUGCGCAAAAAGGCAUUUGCAAACCCCGAGGACGCGCUGAGACACGGAGGGCUGCAGUACCACAGAGAGGACCCAUACGUGGAGAGGUGCCGGAGAGCUCAUAUUAACGACUUAGAGAACAUCCUCCCCUUCCUCUUCCUGGGUGCUAUCUACUCCAUGACGGGACCCUCACUUUCUGUGGCCCGCCUCCACUUUCUGGUCUUCUUCCUGGCUCGUGUGUUGCAUAGUGUCGCCUACCUGUUUGCGCUGCGAGCUCCCACCCGCUCUCUGGCCUACAUUGUGGCUCAGAUACCUUGUGUGUCCAUGGCUUUGCAGAUCCUCAUCGCAGUCGCAGCAUAUGCAUGAAAAUCCAGAAAAAGUGGGAUGAACUUGAGGGGUUUUUCUGGCAGGAGAGAUUGGGAUCUGAGAUCUGUAUCUGAAUAAAAAGCAAGAGGAUGACACCGGAGAGGUCUCCUGAGGGGAAAAGCAUAAAAGACAAGCAUGAGUGCAAUAAUAGGUGUGUGAUUACAUCACAGCUGGGUUUUUGUGAGAUUUAAUCAGUAUUUUUUUCGUUGAAAUGUGAGAAUUUCUUAUUUGAAGUUGACAUCUUGUACUGUACUAUUUAAAAAAAGAAAAAUGAAGGUCGUUUUUGUCUUUGUAACUAGAUUUUUUUUUUUUGAAACUCCCUGAGGCCACUUUGCAAUAUUCCUCCCUGCAUCCAUUCUGUGUUUACACACAACACAGACCACCAUUCACGUGUUGCUGCAUCCCCGUGGCUUCAGCUGCUUCCUGUGUGGAUACUCCAUCUGUUGUGUUAACAUUUGUUUGUGUACUAUGUUCAACAAAAGCUUACGCAUGAUGACUGAAGAUGUGUUGAGAGAUUUAAGACCACUUUUACUAUGUGGGUCAAGCUGUCUCUCAAGUUUCGUCAAUUUAAAGAAAUGAAUCCUAUCACUGAGUUUGGACUUUAGGAAUGAGUCUCACAAACACCUGCAGAGAACAAGUGAAAUAACUUUAUCUGUGAAAACACAUUUCGAGGCUAUUUUUAAAGUAUUGUAUUAAUAAUUUAUUAUUCAAUGUAAUGUAUACAGUUAUGUUUUUGAAGCCCUACAUGUAUUCUUUUGGAGGCAAUAAAACAAUUAACACAUGAAA